UCUGUGUUCUACUGUUGCAGAUCUGUGUGGAACUCCUUGUUUCGAUAAUCUCAAAUUUCAAGUUUUUUUUGGACAUCUAUAUGGCCGUCUUAGAUACACUGAAGGAAGACGACCCGUUACAUAUGUCUUUUUAUCGUAUCUGGUAUUGCUUACAAAUAUUACAAGGUUGGUUGCUGCCACGACCAAUUUGUAUGCAAUGUACAGGGGAGACUACACACAUAUUCCUUCCCCAGCUACCCAAAGUGCUGUCGCUUUGUGUACGGCCAGUAUCGAGUAUGCAGGCUUUCAAGUUGCUUAUAUCAUAUGGGGUUUUGCAGCUGUUGCCUUUGUCCUAAUCAUCAUCUGUAUCGUUCUGGCAAUUCUCGUAACGCUUCUGCUAAAGGGAAUUGAUGAAUGGCUGGUGAAGCUGCUCCUCAGUUGGUGGCCUGGUUUGGUCCUUGCUAUUGCAAUCUUUGUGCUGCAGUUCUUGUUGAGCAAAUAUGUAUUUCUUCAGAACAAUGGAGAGCAUUUACGACUUGAUAACAGACGUUUCUACUUCGUGUUUGCCUACUUCAUGUUCUUCUACAACAUAUUCCUGGGCAUUUUCUCAUGUGUUAUGAGAAUCUUCAAGGCGGUGGCUGUAGGGUUAAUCUUCCUGGCCAGGCUGGAUAACAGUACACUGCCUAGAAAGUUUGAAUUCUUUGAUCCAGGUUUCACAGCAUAUCAGGGCUAUAUUCACAUGGAGGCAGCCCAUACACACCCGGUGGCUAUUAUAUUUAUCCGAAUUCUGACCGCAUUGAGCAGAGAGAGAAACAAGAACACGAUUGCAGAAAAGCAGUUUGAAGCGUUUAAUUUGGCAGUAUCAGUUGAUGGAGAUGAAGCCAUUAAGGAAUGUAACUAUCACUGCAAAAGUAGUAUCAUAAGGGCAGUAAUUAGCAUUUGUUGCAGUUGUUGUUGUAAGUUAUGGCCCUUUCAAAACCUACUUUCAUUCAUCUUGCAGGUAAGAAUCUACAGAAAAGGUUUCAUACAAUCUAUCAGGAUGGCAAGGCUAGAAGGCAUCAGAAUCCCAAUCAGCGACAAGCCGAUCACAGACUUCGAUCUGGUGAAAGCUCAGAGAGAAAGAAACAAACUGAGGGAGGAGGAGGCGAUGAGAGAUUACGCAGCUCCGAACCCACACAAUGGUGUGGUUGCAAUAAGGUCCAUGUUGGGCAGCAAGAAGAAGCUCAAAAUCACAAAUGAACUUAACAAAAAUGGAUCAAGAAAAUGUAAUAUGUUCCGAAAAUUGAAAAACAGGAGUGGCUGCCAAAAUUUAGCAGUGCCUGAGAAUGGUUUGCAAGAAUUGAAUGAUUAUACAUUGCAAUUGUAUAUAAAGCAUGAUUUUGUUUAG